AUGGAAUCUUUGGCAACAACCAUUCGUUUCGUCACGCUGAAUAGCCGAACACUAUCGAGUGAACUCCAACAAGCCGCUCUAUCCAUACUUCUGCGAUAUCUCUGUGUGCCUUUUGCUGCACUGCAGGAAACACGCAUGAGAGAUCGGCCCGUCAUCAGCAUCGAAAAUUACACCAUAUACUGCGGCGAUGCUGAUGAGAGCAAAGUAGUUGGCUGCGCGAUAGCUGUGAGGAACGAUUACAAGAACCUGGUGGAGGAAUUUGGCUCAACGUCUGCUCACGCACCUACGGAAACCGCUGAGGACAACAGUAAGGACGCCUUCUAUGAUGAACUCAAUGCGUUAACGUCUAAAAUACCAAGCCAGCAGGUGGUCAUUGUCGGAAUCGACGCAAAUGCGAAGAUGGGACUCGAACAGCAAUCCGAUGUGCUAGGAAAAUGGUACAAUGCAGAGGAGCGCACGUCGGACAACGGUGACCGUCUGGUCGACUUGAGCGAACAGACGGGCCUUAUCAUCGCUUCCACGUUUAAGAGGAAUCAUCGACGCCAUCAGCUCACGUGGCAGGGAUCAACCCUUUUAACGCCUGAAGAGCAGCGCAAGUGGAAGAUGAGGACUCUUAAGCUUCAGCUCGACUACUUCUGGCGAGGAACAUCCCUCAGUCAGAUAUCCGAAAAUCUAGAGCUGCUUGGAACGUCGCGUUCGACUCUGACCACCGUCCAGUUCUUCUCAGCUUCAAGAUACGGUUCCACAGGAGAAAGAGAGAACAGAACAAAAUUCCGCCAACGUGUGUCUAUUCAUGUUGUAGUACGGACCAGGAAGAAGCUUAGCGAUGGGGAUUCCUUCACAAAGUGCAUCCAGGACGCUGCAAGGGAAACGCUCCCGGUUCUAUUGCCGCGGAGGAAGUUUGCCUUUGCAUCUGCGGAAACAAAAUCCACAUAUAAUUCUGUAUGUGUGGCGCGCAGCGCUGGUGUCUUCAACCAGGAGAAGCGUUUUAGAAGGAAGCUGCGUCGUCAACUGCAACAAGACCGCGAUAACGAGUGGACGUUGAGAGCGUUGGAGUUUGAGAAGGCGUGGGAGGACAGGAACCCACGGAAAGCCUAUGCUCUCCUAAAACAGUAUAGCGGCAAAAUGAAAAGAUGUUCCCCUGUCCUCAACACUGCCAAUGCGGUAGCUGUCGGUGAAGCAACCUUUCCAAUUUGGAAGGAACACUUCAAGCCCUUGCUGAACCGGCUAGCACCGUCAGCUCCUGAACUCGAACACGUUCAUAGACCGACAUAUGCAGUUAACGAGGAGCCACCGACCGAGUCGGAGGUCCUGGUCUGUAUUCAAAAAAUGAAGGAUGGAAAAUCUGGUGGAGACGACGGGAUUAGCGCAGAAAUGCUAAAAUAUCUUCCUCUGUCUGGGAUUCGUGAGAUGACAAAGAUCAUCCGUUCAAUAUGGAUAGACGAAAAGAUACCUGAUUCGUGGAGACACGCUAUCAUAAUUCUCCUCCACAAGAAGUUAUCCUUCACGGACCCCAGGAAUUAUCGAGGAAUCCCUUUGCUGCGUGUUAUGUACAAGGUAUUGGAGCGCAUUAUCCUGGAUCGACUCAUUAAACAUCGCGAAGAAACAACGCGCGACGAGCAAGCUGGCUUUCGUCCUUGCCGAUCUACGAUUGACCAGCGUUUCUGGACUUUGAAAAAUGACGCGUUCGACUCUCCUCACCGAGGCCGUCUUCUGAACGCACUCCGCGCCGAUGGAGUACCAGGACAGUUCGUUCGCUUGCUUGAUGACAUGAAUCAACGAACAACUGCUGCAGUUCGGACACCAGCCGGAUGUACAACACCGUUUGAAGUGGUAACUGGAGUAAGACAAGAGUACGCCGACGAUGUUGUUAUAUUCGCGGAAAGCAGUACGAAACAUCAACAUGUUGUCAACCUUGUAUCGAAGCUGGCUGCGGCCUAUGGACAACGCCUACGCCCUGAUAAAUGCAAGCAGAUGUGGAUCUCUUCAAGAUCUCGAACGGGAAUCAGGGUGGACGGACAACCGAUAGAACUCGUCGAUAAGUUCUGUUGCCUAGGCUGUACGCUGAAGAACAAUGGCAGCUACGAGAGAGAUGUUCAGCGAAGAUGCGCUAAGGCCACCUCUGCAUUUAACUCCUUAACGAAAUGCCUGUGGUCAACCCCCAUCACCAACGAAGUCAACCUGCGAGUCUACCUAUCCGCAAUUCGCCCCAUCAUGAUGUACGGAUCGGAGACUUGGGCAGCACCAUCAACGGUUAUGGAGAGGCUUGACUGCACGGAACGAAAGCUGCUUAGACGGCUACUUGACUACUUUUGGCCUAGGGUAUGUCACAAUGAAGAUCUUUACGCAGAAAUUGAUGUGGUAUACCGGCGGAUGACACGUGGAAGACAUCAACAUCUUGCACCGCCAUCGAAAAUGGUUAAAAGUUCGUCGGGUUCGAGCUGGAAGAAGCCACCUUGCCAAAAACGGAAGUUCUGGACUGAGGUGGUGAAAGAGGACCUGAUGGCACUCGGCGUGGAUAGGCAGUUCAGGCGAGACGUAAGAUUUCGCAGAAUAUGGAACAGCGACGAAUGGAUUGAUUCUGUGCAAGCUCUCGCAGAAGAUCGAGAAGGUUGGCCAGAGUUGUGUUCAAGGAUGGCACACCUCGGCGAAGAUGUGGGUAAUCGCGUCAGGCGAUGA